AUGACCACAGCAACAAAUGGCCGCAACCACAAACCUCGCGAUCGAAAUCCCUACGACUCCGACGACGAUUCGAGCAAUGAAGAUGAUUUCUCACCUCCUCCCCCGGACGUUAACUCCUGCACAACUGUUGAAGAACUUCGUGCGGCUCUCGCUCAUCUAACUGCCCAAGACGCUUGCAUAGACAACAAGCUCCGCACGUUGCUCUUGAAGCAAUCUGAGCUGGAGCACUCUCUCACCCGCCUAGACCUGCUACGAGCACAUCUAGGCACGCAAGUCGUGGCGGCCCGCACACUAUCAAACACAAUGCUCUCCCCCGCGGCAACCACCGCGCAGCGAGUCUCCUCCUCUGUGAAGCGUUUGGAUAUCGAGCAAUCCCGCGUUAGGGCGACGCUGGAGGUCGUUGAACAAGUUUCUGAGCUGAAAGCUUGUGUUCUGGGGGUCACUGGGUCGAUGGGUGCGCCACAGGAUUGGGAAACCGCAGCGAGCUUCCUACAUCGUGCCGGGAAGAUACCACAGGAGAUCAUCCGUGGAGAGUUCGCGGAGGAGAUAGUGCCCACUGCUGAAGUUCCGGAUGUCCCUUCUGUAACAUUGGAGAACGCGGCGGAGUCCCUAUGUGGGCUAUUUCUCCGGGAGUUUGAGCGUGCGGCCGAAGCUGCUGAUGGGGAGAAGGUCACUAGGUUCUUCAAGCUGUUUCCCUUAAUUGGCAGGACGGAUGUUGGGCUUGAGGUGUACGGACGCUAUGUGUGUCAGGGUGUUGCAGCAAGAGCUAGGGAUGCGCUUGCGGCGAAGAGACAGGCUGUAGCUGAUGGGGCUGGUGGGUUGGGUGACUUUUUCUAUGCGAAUGCGGUUACAAGGCUGUUUGAGCAUAUUGCGAAUAUAGUUGAGCAGCAUGGGAAGUUGAUUGAGAGGCAUUAUGGUGAGGGAAGGAUGGGGAAGGUUAUUGAAAGGCUUCAAGUCGAGGCAGAUACCCAAGGGGGGAUUAUCAUUGAUACGUUUACAGAUGAGAGGAGUAUUGGUCGGAAGCUCACGGAUAUCAAAUCAUAUGCCUUCUCAUUUCUGGUUCAGUCCUACAUGCCAUCGACAAGAGGGCCUAUGGGCGGUCCUCCUCGCUCCGGUUCACCAGCUCCCAGCGGCGCGACACACAGGAAUAGUGAGGAUGAAGGUGUUGAUGUUAGGGAGGUGGAUAUGCUGCUAAGUGAGAUUGGGGUGAUGCUUGGCCGAUGGUCAUUAUAUUGUCGUUUUCUCGCACGGAAAUGCUUGGUAGGAGCUAAAACCGAUAUCCUCCCACCCCUCGCAGCCCCCCCUAUAAUAACAAACUCCGCAUUGUAUCGGAAGGUUCAAGGCCGACUCAUAGUUCCCUUCAAUGCCAUGAUGACCUUCUUCUGCCGUCGCUCCGUCGAAAAGGCCUUCCAGCUUGACGAAUCCCCCUCUGACCUCUCGUUAUCACUCACCUCCCCCGCAUCCUCCUCCAACCCACCAUACAUCACCUCUGCCGUCGACGACGUAAUGUACAUAGUAAAUAACCUCCUUCAACGUGCUUUGCAUACCUCCCAACGAGCCCUCGUCAGCAACGCAAUUUCCACUGUUGGCCGAGUCCUAGGCUCAGACUUCGUUGGCAUGAUCCAGCGCAAAAUGCAAGUAGAAUGCUACCCCAAGUCCUCCUCCGGCAUUCCAGGAGCUCCGGUCCCAGACGACAAAAUCCUUGGCUUCCUAGUCCUCCUCAACAACCUUGAUGUAGCAUCAGACUACACCCACCGCCUUAUCGGCACUUUUGCCAACGCCUCAUCAAACAUCCCCGGGGUAGACAACAACCUAAGAGUAGACGCUAGCAACCACACCGUAGCGCCAUUGGAAGAACUCUUCCCCUUCCAGGCCGAUGCAGCAAUCGUCCGUGAUGCCCUGAAAGGAAUGGAAACCGCCUUCGAAGGAAAAGCAGGGGAACUAAUCAACGAUGGAAUAAUGGUCUUCUUCAAUCAAGUUGUCAAACCGAAACUCCGGCCACUCCUAACAGAGGCGUUCCGUGACGUGGAGUACCUCGUCUCACCAGAAGACGAUGAAAACGCAUACCCCCGCUCGAACCCAGACGGCGAGCAAGAGGGAAUAAGCUCUGAAUCCAGAGACGAGCUCGUAAAACUACGCUUUCAAGCAGGCUGGGACACGCUCAUAACACCGUACAAACGAAUCCUUACAGAGAAGAUAUUCAACAGAUUGCUUAAUACUACGGCCAGUUACUUUUCCAAGCUCUUAGAGAAGCGCAUUUGGGGAUAUGCCGGGAGGAUCAGCGAAUUGGGGGCCAUUAGAUUGGAGAGGGAUGUUGCUGGUGUUGUGGGUGUCGUGGUUAGGGGCGGGCUAUAUGGAGUUCGAGAUACAUUUGCUAGGUGUUCGCAGAUUUGCUUUGUGGUCAAUAUGGAGGAGGAUGAGGUUGGGGGUCUGUUCACUGAGAGGGCAGGCAGUGGCGGUGAGGAUGGGGACGGAGUUGAGUGGGUGUUGGAGGUUGAGGAGAGAAGGAGAGCUAGGGGGAUGGUUGCCAGAAAGCGGUAG